CGUCACCCACGGACUCGGGCGCUUGGCGGCGGGGGCGGCGCUCCAAGGCGGCAAGGCCGAAAGGCGGGCAGUCGCCGAUCGGCACAGGCACGCGGUGCCGCGGCGGCUUCCCGCUCAGCCGGUCUCGGUCGGCAGUAGGCAGCAGCAGCCUCGGCUCGGCGGCUGGCCGGCUGCGCUCGGUGGCCAGCGCGCGGUGCGCCUGCGCCUGCGCCAGCUUGCCGAAUUGAGCUCGCCCGCGCCUGCCUCUACGCCUACGCGCGGCCUGAGCUCGCCCGCGCCUGCCUCUGCCUUUACGCGCGGCCGCGCCGAACGCUGCUCGCGUGAGGGUGUUCCCCAACUGCGCGGUCGCGUCCCUCAGGUGCUUGACAGAAUGCCGUUUCAGUCCUAGCGCCCGCUGCGCACGUCUGAGGAGAUGCAGGGGACCCUCGGCGUCCGAUCCAGAGCGCCGCGCGCGUCGCUGCGUGUUCUCUUCCCGCAGCAGCAGCUGACCGCGCGGGCGAGAUGGCUGCAGGGCGGCGGCGGCGGGUGGACAGGGGCUUCGGAGGAGGAGGAGGAAGAGGCGGCGGUCCCGUACGUCGACGUGCCUCGCCCGGGCAGGAAGUGGGAGCGGAAGCCGUACGUGACGCCGAUGAAGGUGCUCAUCCGGCGGGCCAAGGAGGAGAGGCAGGCCCGCAGGGAGAGCCCGUGCCGCGUGCUCGAGCACCCGCCCGACAACGGCCUUGUGGUGCCGCACCUCGUCGACGUCGCCCGCCGCGUGCACGCCGCGAGGGAGGGGCUCCUCGGCGGCCUGACCAGGCUCGUCGAGGGCGAGGGCGCCAUCCCGGUGAAGCGAUGCAGGUUUUGCUCGGAGGUGCACAUCGGCCGCGUCGGGCACGAGAUCAGGACGUGCGAGGGGCGUAACAGCGGCGCGAGGAACUCCCUGCACGUGUGGCGGCCGGGGACGGUUCGGGACGUCGUCGGCUUCCCCUACUGCUACCACCUGUUCGACCGCGUCGGGAAGCCCAGAGUCGUGCACAAGGAGAAGUACGACGUGCCGAGGCUCCCAGCGGUCAUGGAGCUCUGCAUCCAGGCCGGCGUCGACGUCCCACGCUACCCGACCAAGCGGCGCACCAGGCCAGUCUACUCCAUUGAAGGCAGGAUCGUGGACUUUGAGCCGGACGACGAAGCAGCUGGGACGUCACCUGAACCGCCAGCGUGCACACCAUUGCUGCCUCCAGCGGCUGGUGUUGUUAACGGAGAGGGGGAAGAGUCGGAGAUCACCGUGCCUGAGCUAGCGUCGAGGACGCUGCAAUCGUGGCUGGACAUGAGGUCCGGCGCGGCGAGGCUGAUGAAGAAGUACAGCGUGCACACCUGCGGCUACUGCCCGGACGUGCAGGUCGGUCCCAAGGGGCACAAGGUGCGGAUGUGCAGGGCCACCAAGCACCAGCAGCGGGACGGGCAGCACGCGUGGCAGGAGGCCACGGUGGACGACCUGGUCCCGCCCAACUACGUGUGGCACGUCGCGGACCCCGCCGGCGACGAGUCGCUGCCCUUGGCGAACGAGCUCAAGCGGUACUACGGCAAGGCCCCCGCUGUGGUGGAGCUGUGCGUGCAGGCUGGCGCGCCCGUGCCCGCGGCGUACCGGAGCAUGAUGCGGCUCGACGUCGUGCCGCCAGCGCGCGACGAGUAUGACCUCGUCGCCUGAGGCUGUAGCGCGUUGUGUGGCCUCGUUUGAUCGCGGAUGAUCUCCCGUGUGCUUCAAAUGUGAGAAGUCCGGCCGGGUUUGAAUUGUGAGAAUGUGGGGUGGUUGUAUUGUGUGUCGAACGAACAGUUUUGCAGAUGUGUUUAGAAUUUUAGAUGAACGCUGUCACAGUCUGUCACGAUGCAGAACAAAUUUCUUGAUGUUUUCCUGCCACAAGUGGGCUUACUCAUCGAUGCAGCUGUAUCUGUAACUUGCUUCCUUGCUGAUCAGGCUGCUCUUUACGGAUAGUAUUUUCCUUUCAAGUGAAUGAAAAUAGUGAGCCUUUUUGGAA